AUGCCCAAGGGGGGAGCGCAUGCGGGGGGUGGCGACGCCAGCAAAGGGGGCGCAGCAGCAUCACAGCACGACCACUGUUCAUCAUCAUCGUCGUCGUUGUUGAGGCAGAGCGCAGAGGAAGAGGAAGAAGAAGAAGAAGAAGGGAGCAGCAACAGCAAACUCGCGUUUGGGCCGAUCCUGGACCUCAUUCCGCUGGCGGAGAGCGUGAUCAAGCUGAGCGCGGUGUGUAUGCUGUGCCACCGUGAGGCCGCCUUCUCCAAGCGCAUCGGCAGCGAGACGGAGAUUGAGGUCAUUGGCGGCGCUGACAAGUACAUUGCCGUGUGUCGCGAGUGCUAUCACUCUGACGGCAAGAAGCGGAACGGGAAGAAGAAGCAACAGCAGCAACAACAGCAGCAGAGUGGUGACACGACGUGUGUGCAAGGAACGAAGAGCGAGGACAUGCAUGCUCGCGUGAACGACUCGUUGGAGUCGACGACGACGGAGAGCGAGGGCGGUGAUGCUGAUGAUGAACACACGCACGAUGACGGGAGCGAAUCGGAUUCUGCGUCCAGUGAUGGAUUUUCGGGCACCGCCUCCCCAACAGAUGCCACGCCCAGCAAGAAGAAGGAGUUCCACCCUCGCAGCACGCGCUCCCUCUUCACGGCCACCCGCAACUAAACAGACGCCCUCCCCCCUAUCACGUGUUGUGUGUGUCCAUGUCUCUCACUGUACUCAGCUGCUGCUGAAACCCGUCUUGAAAACGAUCCCGCUUGCUCCCCCUGUCCCUUUUUCACUUUUGUUUCUUGCCUCUUCCCUCCUUCUUUUGCUGUCAUGCGCCCUCUGGGGCCGCUGCUGUGUCGAUUGCGGUCGUGUCGUGUCAAUCUUGUCUUUCGAUUCCCCAUAUAAACUGCUCCCCUGUCUGUGCA